AUGGAAGACAACCCAGCAAGCUCGAGCUUGUCCCAGAGGUUAACAGAGCUUCACGACGAUAUUGCAGUAGACGAAUAUUAUAUUCGCAAAUGUAUGGAAGAUAAUUAUGGCCUAGAAUUCUGGCUCAAAGCAGGAGGAUUAUAUAGUAUUGGUCCAAAUGGUAGACUCAUGGGAAAAGGUUUCUAUGACUACCAAAACACCCUCGAUGAGAGAUGCCAAGCAUUUAUCGCUAAAGCGUUGGAUGAAUCUAAGAAGAAAAAGACGAUGAUAACGAAAGCAUUCAUCGCAGUAGUGAUGAGUGCCUGCGUUUCUAUCACGAUCCUAAGGCCGAUCAUGAAGUUCCUCCUUGGCGAGCAUCGUUUAGGAACACCUGAUGAUGGCCUCCUGCGACUGUUACCCGUAACUAUGUGGACACCAUUCAACAAAGAUUCCUGGUACGUCAUGCUGAUGUUUUUCCUCGGCGAAGAAAUAAUAUCUUACGUGACCCCAGGAAUAGUUUUCAGCUUCAUGCUCCUCAUCCUCUGUACCUGCGAAGACGUAGGAACUCAGCUCGUCAUCCUCGGACGCACCCUCAAGUCUGUAGUGCGAAGAGCGGAGGGGCUCGACAUGCCGAAGGAGGAAGCUCUGAAGUUUGACGCUGACGAUCUGAAGCGGAAUUUGAGGUCCGGUCGAAGCAAGUCGAGGAAGAGCGGGCGGCCCAAAUCCAAGAUGGAUCUCCGGAUGCGGGCGAUGAACAGCCGCACCGGAUCCGCGAAGGGACAGGGGAAGAACAUGCCACCUGGAUCCAGGGGGAAGGCCAGGAAGAACUCGAUGACCAAGGAGCAGUUCACGUUGAACAAGGAAUCUUCUCCUGGUCCCGACUCGAAAAACCCCCCUUCUAAUGAAGAUUUAUAGAAAUAAUAUCUUCAUUUCACACAUGUCUUCAAAUUUUACCUAUUAAAAAUGAGUGUUUAUAAAUAUACUUAAAUUAUUUGAAUAUAUCAUAUUAAUUCUGUGCACUGUG